AGCCGUUUGUCUGCGCAAUGGAUCUUUUAGGAACAAAAUUGUGUACUGCGCAGCUAAUCGGCUAACUUCAGACUCGCCAAGAUACGUCGGCCGCAUUGUAUGUAAGAAAACGGCUAAAGAUAUCUUAGUGUGUUUCCCCGCGGAACUAGUAUGGUAAUUGACCGACACAUUUAUCUUCGUCGAUGACCCUCGCCGUCAUUAUGUCCAUCUCCUCUUUUGAACGGUGUCGCCUAUACCCAUUUAUACCUAUAAAACAAAUUACAAGUUCGAAAUGAGAUAAAAAAACAACAACACAAGGAAAAUGACACAUGUGUGACCGGAGUUUGUAAACUUGUAUAAAACGGACCGCACGCUCAUUCUGCUACGGACUUUAUCAGCGGAUAACGAAUCCUAGCUGACAACACAAUAAUAUAAAAAAUAAAAUAAAAUAUUAUAUAAGAAUAAAAAAUAAAACAAAAAUACCUAAUACAAAUUCUUCGUUUAUGUUGUGUGUUUCGAUUAUACUUAUUCACAGUGAGUCAGUGAAGUAAUUGUGUUAUUUAAAAAUCGAUUUUAGAAAGUGAUGUGAUAUACCUAUUUAUUCUAAAAUACGUAAUUAAAAAUGUUUAAGUUUGCGACGACCGUGACAGUGUGCCUUCAAUUACUGCUUCAAGUGAAUUGCUUGUAUUCUGGAGACAACUGUUCUGUUGGCAAUGAGAUCGGUACCUGUUUACCUCUGCAGCAAUGUCGCCACAUCUUCGAAGAAGUGAAGAAGGCAGGCAGUCCCAUACCACCAUACAUGAGCCACAAACUACACAGACUGACUUGCGGUUUUGAGUCUGUUAUGCCUAUGAUAUGCUGCAUAACAUCAGCUCAAAUGCAUGGAGAUAUCAUAAAUCCAGAUCGCAACACUAACACAGUUGGUUCUGGAGAUGACGUGGAACCGUUCACCAGAGCGACACUCGAAAACAAAAAUGGACCAAUUUUUGUAGAUGGUCAUCCCAACUUGAGACUUCUGCCCCUUCAAUGUGGAAACAUCGAGAGUGAUAGAAUAUGGGGCGGCAAUAGAACACGAUUGUUUGAAAUGCCGUGGAUGGUACUCCUGUCUUAUGACUCGGCUCGAGGAACGAAAUUGAGUUGUGGUGGUUCCCUGAUCAACGAGUGGUAUGUCCUGACGGCGGCCCAUUGUGUCUCCUUUCUGGGCAACCGACUGCGGCUGAACGGAGUCGUCCUUGGGGAGUAUGAUGUUAGACAGGAUCCCGACUGUGAGAUGUCAGAUGGCAAGAAAUUUUGUGCCCCCAAUAUUAGGAACGUUUCAAUAGACACAGUUAUCGCCCAUCCAGGAUACUCACCUCAGAACUUAGUCGACGAUAUAGCCUUAAUACGACUUGCUGAACCAGCUGACUUUAGUCUUGAUAGUAUGAAACCGCUGUGCUUACCAGUUUCUCCAGAGCUUCAAAGAGAAUCUCUGGUUGGACUUAAUGCCGUAGUAGCUGGAUGGGGAGUAACGGAGGAUGGCCUGGAGUCAUCAGUACUACUGAGCGUCGACCUUCCAGUCAUCAGCAAUUCUGACUGCAUGGCUGCGUACAGAGACUCACUCAAGAUAAAAGACACUCAAAUAUGCGCCGGUGGCGUUAAAGACAAGGAUUCUUGCGGAGGAGAUUCAGGUGGACCCCUCGUGUAUCCAGGGAAAAUGGGAAACUUUGGCGUGCGGUAUGUCCAACGAGGACUCGUGUCCUUUGGGUCCAAGCGAUGUGGAUUAGGAGGUUAUCCUGGAGUGUACACUAAUGUAGCUUACUACAUGAACUGGAUCUUAGAUAAUAUCCGCAACUGAUGUCUGCUGGUUGGUGAUAAAACUGAAUGAAUACUCUAAAGAUAUGGACUGACCCCAAUCACUUGUUUUUGGGGUACUGUUUAAUUGAUACGAGGAGGUCAUGGAAUAGUAUAUAUUAGGUAUUUCUUCAAAUCAGAUCUGUUAUACGGGUACUAUGACUGGUAUCAAAUUUGAGAGAAUUACUUAUGAACUUUUUUUUAGAAAUGAAAUUUGCACAACUAUUUAAACAAAUAUCUGACUGGUCUCUUCUUAAAGUGUAGCUAAGCUUAGUCUGUUUAGUGCCAUUUAAAUACAAACUUUAUUCAAAUUUUCAAUAAUAGGCGUCUUAUAAAAAUGCUUAAAGUCUAUUGACGAUCAGUGUAAUUUUUCUCGAAAAUUAAAACCAAAUGGUAUUAGAAAGAAAAUGUAACUACUGAAAACAAAAAAUUACAUUAUUCUGCAUCACUUCGUUGUGUGCUUAGACACACCGUAUUACAGAAUUUUGGACCAGAGACUUAUAAUGAAUGUUAUAAAAAUAUGUGUAGUUUUUAAUGAAAAACUUGUAGGUACUUAAUGUUCGAAAAUAUACUAUAAUUGUAAUGAAUUGAUUUUAAAGUCAUUUUGCCAUAAUUUUAUCAAAAUAAAACAAUAAAACCAUGAACUUAUUUUUGUAAAUAGGCCUUAAAAACGGCACUUUUACACGUCAAAAUUAUACUUAUAUAAGAAACUAGACGAAGCCGGCAUUUCCUAUCUGACAACUCUGAGAAGCAAUGCCGAUUCAGUUUGUUUGGUUUGUCUCUUUCAAAGUCUUCCUAAGGCUGCUUUUUCAAUAAUCAGAUAAAUUUUAUCUGAGGAAUAAAAUUGUUGCUAUCACUGUCUUUUACAAACAUUCUGACGCGACAACAUUAUAAUUAUUCCGCAGGUAACUUUUAUCUAACCAUUGAAAAAUCAGCCCUUUAAGAACAGAAUGGUAGCUCUGGUAAGCUCGAAAUUUCUGAAGCGUUUUGCAGCUUGCAAGGUAUCACUAAGCAUUUAUCUUGGAUUUUGAUGCCGUAUUUUCCUUAUGUUAAGACAAGAUUAUUAUUAUGUAUGUCUCUACCAAUCACGGGACCACAGGGUCCCGGUCAUUUGGAAGGCGUACGAGGGGCCGGAGCCAACUGCGCAGAGGCCCUUAAGACAACUUUAAUCUAAAUGAAAUGGGACACACAAACCGGCGACUAUCCCUGUAUGCACUAUGGAAAUGCACCCAAGGACAGUCCCCGGUUAGUGUAGGACUAUUGCGGAUAAUGGAAACAAAAUACAAGGCUAUGGGUGUGGGUUGCUAUUGGCUAGUAGGAUGGGAACUAUAGAAGGACUAUGGCACCUGCCGAAACAAUGUAAUUUAUACACGUAAAAAUGGCAGGCGGAGACUCGCCAACUCACCGACCGGGCCCCCGGGAAUGGUUGCUAGUAAUAGCAACAGAGGGACAACGGAAAUGUGAGUGGCUGAAGGGUGAAGAAACUGCCACCAGCUUUCUACUCAGAUCAUCUGCAUCUGCCUAAGCAUCCUGCAUCACUGGCCCACUCGCCGCUUACGAACAGCUUCCACCCUCCGAGCAGGAUCACUACUCUCGCGACUCCACUCUGGACGGCCAAUGAAGGCAAGCCAGAGGUGGGAGACCUGUUCCUCGUCAUCGUCCACUCCGGCCAGCCAAUGAAGGCAAGCCGGAGAUGAGGAACGGUGACUUCUCCCUGGAGCAAUCGGGAUGAUGGUAGCCCGCGGGAUCGCUAAUUCCCGCCACCUCGCCUCAAGGUGCCCUGCGGGCUUAUUAUUAUUAUUAUUAUUGCUAGUCACGAAACGUGAAUUUUAUAAUAUGUGCGGUAAAGUUUCAUUUAUUUUUGUAUUUUUAUUAUUUAAGUUAUCUUAAGAAAGCUAGUCUAGUACGUAAUUUUAUUGAAAAGACAUGUUUAAUACAGUAAAU